GGUAUUUUGCGGCCGCAGCGCUAGCGGUGCUUUCAGUUACGUUUCGACGGCCAACGCGUCGAGUGCUCUGCUUGCUGAGAGAAAACAACACAAAUAGAGACAGCAGAAGUGGUUCUUCUUCUUCAUACUCGCAUUCUCUCGCGCUCUCUUCACCGUCUGUGUUAACGGUCGUGGCGCGUCGUGUGCGUUUGUGUUAGUGUGCCAGUUAAACAAUGAGAAAUUGAUUCACACACCAAAACAGCCAAAAAAAAAGACACCGGACGCAAAGUGUUAAUCAGAAUAGAAUAAUUUGUGCAAUCACGAGCAACGAAAACAAACUGCAAUUUUUUAAACAUUUUUUUCGUGUGCAACCGUAAACAAACCAAAGAAGUUAAAAAGAGAGCGCUAUUUGCGAGCGGGGAAAACUAGAAAACUAAAACUACAACUGCAAAAACAGCGAUAAAAAUGGGUGAACUGCCGACAAAUUCAGUCGGCGUCUUUUUGGCGCUGCUCCUCUGCAGCUGCUCUUUAAUAGAACUGACCCGUGCGCAGUCCCCCAUCCUGGAGAUUUAUCCCAAACAAGAAGUCCAGCGCAAGCCAGUGGGCAAGCCCCUGAUCCUCACCUGCCGGCCCACAGUUCCCGAGCCGUCCCUGGUCGCCGAUCUGCAAUGGAAGGACAACCGGAACAACACCAUUCUGCCCAAGCCGAAUUACGAUCCACUGUAUGAUUCCAAGGGCAAUAGAAAGAAAGAGAAUGGACGCAACCAGGCGCCGAUGUACACGGAAACGCUGCCCGGCGAAAAUUUGGCCCUGAUGAUUACCUCGCUGUCGGUGGAAAUGGGCGGCAAGUACUACUGCACCGCCUCCUAUGCAAAUACGGAGAUCCUCGAGAAGGGCGUCACAAUUAAAACUUACGUGGCCAUUACCUGGACAAAUGCACCGGAGAAUCAGUACCCCACUCUUGGCCAAGACUAUGUGGUAAUGUGCGAGGUAAAGGCCGAUCCCAAUCCAACAAUCGACUGGCUGCGCAACGGAGACCCGAUCCGCACGACCAACGACAAGUACGUGGUGCAAACCAACGGCCUGCUCAUCCGAAAUGUCCAGGAAAGCGACGAAGGCAUCUACACUUGCCGUGCAGCCGUUAUCGAAACUGGUGAGCUACUGGAACGCACCAUUCGCGUGGAGGUCUUCAUUCAGCCGGAGAUCGUAUCGCUUCCCACCAAUCUGGAGGCCGUCGAGGGCAAGCCAUUUGCAGCCAACUGCACAGCAAGAGGCAAACCAGUUCCGGAGAUCAGUUGGAUUCGCGAUGCCACACAACUGAACGUGGCGACCGCCGAUCGCUUCCAAGUGAAUCCCCAAACUGGCCUGGUUACCAUCAGCUCCGUUAGCCAGGAUGAUUACGGCACAUACACAUGCUUGGCCAAGAAUAGGGCCGGUGUAGUGGAUCAGAAGACCAAGCUGAAUGUUUUGGUGCGUCCGCAGAUCUAUGAGUUGUACAAUGUGACCGGGGCCAGGACCAAGGAGAUUGCCAUAACCUGCCGUGCCAAGGGACGUCCGGCACCGGCGAUUACCUUCCGUCGUUGGGGAACACAGGAGGAGUACACGAACGGGCAGCAGGAUGACGAUCCUCGCAUCAUUUUGGAGCCGAAUUUCGAUGAGGAGCGCGGCGAGAGCACCGGCACCCUUCGCAUCGCCAAUGCCGAGCGUUCCGACGAUGGACUGUACCAGUGUAUUGCCCGGAACAAGGGAGCCGAUGCCUACAAGACCGGACACAUUACCGUUGAAUUUGCUCCGGACUUUAGCCACAUGAAGGAACUGCCUCCGGUUUUCUCGUGGGAGCAGCGCAAGGCGAAUCUCAGCUGCUUGGCCAUGGGCAUCCCCAAUGCCACAAUCGAAUGGCACUGGAAUGGUCGCAAGAUCAAGGAUCUGUACGACACCAAUCUAAAGAUUGUCGGCACUGGACCCCGCAGCGAUUUGAUUGUGCACCCCGUAACGAGGCAGUAUUACUCAGGAUACAAGUGCAUUGCGACUAACAUCCAUGGAACCGCCGAACAUGAUAUGCAGCUGAAGGAGGCACGUGUCCCUGAUUUUGUGUCCGAAGCCAAGCCAAGUCAACUGACCGCCACCACGAUGACCUUCGACAUUCGGGGUCCAUCAACCGAACUGGGCCUGCCUAUUCUGGCGUACAGUGUGCAGUACAAGGAGGCCCUAAAUCCGGACUGGUCGACGGCCUAUAACCGCAGUUGGUCACCAGAUUCGCCGUACAUUGUGGAGGGACUGCGACCACAGACGGAGUACAGCUUCCGAUUCGCCGCCCGCAAUCAGGUGGGAUUGGGAAAUUGGGGCGUCAAUCAGCAGCAGUCGACACCACGACGAUCGGCUCCGGAGGAGCCCAAGCCACUGCAUAAUCCCGUCCAGCACGACAAGGAGGAACCGGUGGUCGUGUCACCCUAUUCUGAUCAUUUCGAGCUACGCUGGGGCGUGCCCGCCGACAACGGAGAGCCUAUUGAUAGGUACCAGAUCAAAUACUGUCCGGGCGUUAAGAUCAGCGGCACAUGGACGGAACUGGAGAACUCCUGCAACACCGUUGAGGUGAUGGAGACCACAUCCUUUGAGAUGACCCAGCUGGUGGGCAACACCUACUAUCGCAUCGAACUGAAGGCGCACAACGCCAUCGGCUAUUCCUCGCCUGCUUCCAUUAUCAUGAAGACGACACGAGGAAUUGACGUCAUCCAGGUGGCUGAGCGACAGGUCUUCUCCUCGGCGGCCAUCGUGGGCAUCGCACUCGGCGGAGUCCUCCUGCUCCUGUUCGUGGUCGACCUCCUCUGCUGCAUCACCGUCCACAUGGGCGUCAUGGCCACGAUGUGCCGCAAGGCCAAGCGAUCGCCCUCCGAAAUCGACGACGAGGCCAAGCUGGGCAGUCUUUACGGUUGGCGUUUUCCGCUACCUUAUUGCAGUGGCCAGCUGGUAAAGGAGCCACCGCCGUCGCCGUUGCCACUGCCGCCGCCCGUCAAACUGGGCGGUUCGCCCAUGAGCACGCCAUUGGACGAGAAGGAGCCGCUCCGCACGCCAACAGGCAGCAUCAAACAGAACUCGACCAUCGAGUUCGACGGGCGAUUCGUGCACUCACGCAGUGGCGAGAUAAUCGGGAAGAACUCGGCGGUGUAAGGAGGGUAUCCACCUUGUCCUGGAACUCCACAGUCCGACCGCAAUGUGCACAAAACAAAGAGGAGGGAAGAUAUAUGGAAAUACACAUAUAUGUAUGAUGAUCUAGCGAGAACAAGCCAAAGCCAAAGCUGGGGGAAGAGCACUUGAAUAUCGAUCGAUUGGCACACUAAGUUGGUUUUAAUUUACUUUCGUACACAGCGUAAAUCUUACUAAAUGUCUUACUAUAACGCAUACGAUAUCUUAACAACAUCUAACAUCUAAAACAUAGCACAUUAAGCUCGAAAAACCAGCAAGCAAGCAUACGAAGAAGAAGAAAGAAAUAAUAACUCAAUGUCGCUUCAUUUUCUAGUUUAAACAAGUAUUUUAUAUCGCUGCAUUUGCUUUGUUUUUCCUUAGUCCAAAAAAAAAGUCACAAAUGAACACAAGAAAUUACAAAUAACGAUGAACCAAGCUGGAGAAGUAAAUGAAUGAGCAAGAGAUGAUAUGGAAAGGACCUAGCCUAAGUUAUAUAUAUAUGAAUGUAUGCAAGAAAGAAAUCUUAAAUUAAUGCCUUACAAACAAAAAAUUACAAUUAUUUAGCAGCUAAAGCGCAGAGGAGGGAUUUAUGCAUGUAAGCCGCAAGGAAUGAGACCGAUUUCUUUAGUAUAACUAACUUAAACAUGCCAUAAAUAAGUUUUAACAUUAAGUUUGCCCCUGAUCCUAAUCAUCAUCCCCCACCAAUUCGUAGUACUUAAAACGCUAAACAAAAGACUUGCGAGCAUUUCUUUCCACAAAACCAUGACAUUGGAUAGAUUAGAGGAAGAACAGCAAAAGAAUGGACUUGAAUAACAUACUUAGUUGAUAUCGAAAUCCUUGGUUUCCUACUGCUAAUUCGUAUACUUAACCACCAGAAAGUGUAACCCACAGACGGCACUUAUUGAAUAAUGCUCAAUGUACAUUAAUGUUGAAGAAAUUGAAUAUUUGAAAAUGUUUACAAACUGCUUAGCUGCUUGAACAACGGAAAUAAGCAUCCCGAACCACCUCCGCAUCCGGUUCAUAGCACACAAGAUCAAUCUUGAUGAGAGAAUCUAUGCUAAGUUAUAGAAUUAUCCGAGAACUACGAGAUUGCCAAACAUUAACGACCUAUCAUAACCUUUCAUCCCACUUCCAUCGAACAACUGCAAAUCGCUCAGUUUUGUGUUAAAAGUAUUUUCUUAUGUAUGUAAAAAUUAAACAAAUUGUAGUUAAGAGAUCUGAAACGCAUUAAUCUAACGGAUAUAUAAAUCUAAAAAAAUAUAUAUAUGUAUGUACAUGUAUUUAAAGUUACUCGUAAGUUUUUUUUUCUACACGAAACAGAUAAUACAAAAUAAAAAAAAAAGAACAAAACCAAAAGCAAAAGCGAACUACGUAUAUGUUAUCACGCCGAUCUGAAUGUAUGUAUGUACGUUAACGCAUUUUUAUUUGAUAGCCGUAAAAAUCCCUGAAAACGCUGAGAUCCCCCACUUUUCAGUUCUUUGCCUAUGAGCUUUGUACCUUCUGUUGCCAAUUAAGUCAAGCGCCUUGUCAGAGCUUUUUACCUAUAAAUAUACACAAUACUCUAUGAACGACCUAUUGAAUAACCCACGAAGCGAACCCAAGUCGAGAUUACAGGAGGCUAUAUACAUUUAAAUUUGGAUGCGAUUGUUUGAAAAACUGCUGGUCAUUCGAGCAUAUGAAAUAUGUUUGCAAGAAACCGAACGCAGCUUCGUUCGGCGGCAGAGUGUAGCUUUUUAUAUGAACUAAACAAAAUUGAUGAAAAAUUAUACACUGAAACUGAAACGGGGGAAAUAAAUCUUAUUUACUGUACUAUAAUUCCAA